CACAAAUCUUACCUCUUGGCCUGGGGUGGAAUUCUCAAGUUCGUGAGGUCCACGAAUUUGGACCCUCAAUAGGGCUAGUAGUCGGUUGGUAUCCGGUAUAAUCCAGUAUUCGGUAUACCGGAAACAGACAUUGUGCCCGCCUAAUACCGAUACCAUAUGUUAACCGAUAUACCGGUAUACCGGAUAGUCGGUAAUCGGUAUUAAACCGGUAUACCGAAUACUGGGUCGGCCGGUCAGGGAUGGCGAGAAGGAAGUCGACCUUGGGGUCGGCCGGUCGGGGAUGGCGAGGAGGAAGUCGACCGUUGGGGAAUGCUGUUGGUGGUGAAGAGAAGAGGACGACGAAGAUGUUGGGGGUGACUGGUGAGCUUCGGCGAGAACUGUUGUUGCUGGCUACGGACGCUGGUGGUGAAGAGAAGAGGAAGAAGAAGGCCGAGGUUGGCUGCUGGGGGCUGCGAAUCAGAGGAGAAGAAAGGAGUUGGCUGCUGGGGAGGGAGGGAGGUCGAUUGCAAUAUUAGGGAUUAGGGUUGUUGGUCAACGCCUGUUGUCCCAAAUCCCAAUUUGCAUUUCCCUAAUCAAUUCCCCAUGUGCGCUGGGUGACUCACUCCUACUGUCACUCUAGAAAAUGGCCAAGUGUAACCACUUCCUAAAGCGUAGUAUAGCGGGUUUGGGUUUUAAUGUCAACCCGGGUCCUAGAUGUGAUGACUACUCAGUGAAUUCUUAUUAUCUAGCGGUGAAACUUUAGUUCUUAUUCAAACAAGCAAAACAAGCAAAGCAAUUAAACGGUUGUUUUCAAGUCGAGAGAGGUCACCCGGAUAUGGUUCCUCUAGACUGCAGUUAAGCCGGAUUGUAAUUUAGCAAGUUCAAUUUCUAUGAUAGUUAUACUGCGGAAGGUUCUUAAACAGUCUGAAGUCUCGACUAAAGCUCUCCAGACCCUCUCAAUCUGAGUCCCCAGCGGGCGACUAACCUCCACCGGAGUAAACAGAUUGAGGCCCUAACGAACCAAACCUCCACUACCGACGUAAAUUCGGUACAUAAUAGUGAAUUGGCUCCUCGACUAAAGUCGCCAAUUCACUACCUUCAAUUAAGGGUGCUCUAUCAACCUAGGCAGAUAUUCUCUUUCUAGGCCAAAGCAUAAAUAACAGGAAUUUUA